CCAAUCUGUGAUCUGUUGUUAAUACUUAAAUAACUUAAGCUACACACAUAAAUAUCACAUUUUCUCUAAAACAGAAUAAAUAUUACAAGUUUUUAAAACACAACGUGCAAGCCGCAUGCAUAAAGUUGAGACUUAAAGAAGUGAAAGGUGAUGCAUGUAUGUACAUAGUUUCCCUUUACUGGGUACACUUACAUAAGUCGUGGGUAUUUGAAUCAGGUGCACGUUUUCUUUCCAGACCCUUGAACUCAAAGAAAAUAAUUAAUCUGACAUUCAAAAGUGAUGCAAACUAUUUAAUACACAUUGAUUUGAACCAUAUUAAACCUGUGUGAGAAGAAAUUAGUAAAGUGCAUUUAAGAUUAGUAAAUAAAUAGUGCAUGCAUAAGUGACCGAAUAGAUAAUAGUGGCGGUUUUAAUAAGACUUAAUUUUCAAGCGAAAAUCAACCACAAAUUAAGUAAUUAGCAGUUAAAAAUUAGUUAUCUAAACUCAUGGCGUCGUCCCGCGCAUUGGAUUCACUUCCCUCUCUCGACAUCGCGCCGGUGGUCAGGAUAACACGCGACGCCGCCGUGGAAGCCGCUCUGGUCGCUCUUCAGACUGAAAAGGAGUCCAGCGCCGCUGUGACCUACGACCCGGGGUCAUGCUUCAUCUGUGGUGGUAAAGUAAAAAAGGGUCAGUUUGAGGUAGAAGAUGAACCUGACCUGGCCAAGCAGGUGGACCUCUUUAAGGUCAAACUACGCAAAGAAGAUCCUACCUGUGACGUGAGGAAGGAAAUGGUCCCUUGUUCAAAUUGUGUGGCCAUACUGGUUAAACAAGUCUGGGAAAUGGACAAGGUCAUUAAAUCAAUUAAUGGACAAAUAACCCAAAUGUUAAAGAGGUCACUGAAGCUGAUGGAUGAAACGAACCGUCGGAACAAGAAGAUUAUCCAGACAGCAGAACUUAACACUUCUCGCACUGGGGAUAAGGUGGAAUUAAUAGCUCCGCCGAAAUCUCAUCCAUCCACGGUCAGGUCUCCUCCUCCUCGGGUGAAAAUCCGUAAACCACGUGAUCUCGAAUCGAGAGACAGCUUUGAUUCUGAUGAGGAGAUCACCUUGACGCAUAAAUUACUGAUAAGGUCGCCGGGUUCAGAAAAAAUCGAGCCUCAAAGGAAGACCAUCACUCCAAAUAAAUCAUCGCACCACAAAAUACUGAAUGGCACCCCGACUGAUUCUCGAAAUCGUGGCGGAAAUAAUAAACGUAAACACAAAUUCGAAGAGGACGAUUAUGAUAAUGAGGACGAUCUGUUCGUUAGGCAUGUCAGACGAAAGAGUGGUGCAAAGCAGCAGGAUAAUCCACUUCAAACGGUUUCAGAGUCUGGUUUAAACCCCAGAAAUACUCCUCAUUCAAAUCGUGUCGAAAAUUCGGUACGACAGGAAGUCCAAGGUCAUAAGGAGACGGAAGUGAAAGGCCCCAAAACAAGUAAUGUGUCGAGAAUCUCCACGUUGCCAGACCCUUCACCAACAGGAAAUAAAGCUAUUGGGGUCAAUAGUAAAGCUACAUAUUUUCCAAUUUUCGAAAAUAUAAGACACCAGAGGACAAAAAAGUCUGAGGAGGAGACAACAAAAGCCAGAACUCGGGGCAGUCCAAGGGGGAAAGGUCCUGUUAAGGAAACUGCUUCAUUCAUUCCCCCAGUAGUAAAAUCGGGUCGAAAAACGAUGCAAAAUGUCGUGAAAGAGGAGACUCAAAUAGGAUCCAAUAAUGGGAAUGAGAUGACGUUUUCCUUUUCCCCUCAACCCUCGAGUAGGUCAAUCUCUGUUGAUAAUUCGUCAACUCGAGAUGAUAUUACAAUUAAAAUGGAGGAUUGUCAAUCUGACGAAAUACUUGAAGAAUUACUGCCACUGCAAAUGUCUGAUGGCAUCUACUCCUCCGAUAUUUUGCAAAACGAUGUCCCAGUGAGAGGAUCGUCGUUGUCAUCAACGUUGGAAAAAAUUAAGUAUGAAAUUCCGAAGAAGGGCGAAUUUCUUUUGAACCCAUUUAAGGAUUUGUCACACACAAGAGUGGACGGCUUCACAUUGACUACGGUACAAAAAAGCACAGAAAAAACUACUUCCAGGAACAAUUCAUUCUUAACUGAGACUGGUCGGAAAGAUGAAGUGAACAGCCAAAUCAUAAAAAUACCAGAACCUUAUCGAACCGAUAAUAAUUUUCGAGUGUCAUUUCAUGUCCCGAAGAUUUCAUUUUCUCAGUUUAAUGUCAAUAAUCAAGGACCAAUUCAAAUAGGAUUUUCACCUCUGCAUACCGGCCUUGACUUUGGAUUGGUGGAACAGUCACCGUGCUCACCACCAGCAGCUCCGCCAAUAAGACAACGAGCAUCAAUUUCGACAGUGGUCAUGUCUCCAAAACAAAAAUCUCUGGAUGUCGCCCCAAUUCAAAACCCUGCCAAUAAGAUAACUUCAUUCCGAUGUGAAAUAUGCAAGAAAUAUUUCCAGUCGCAAGCCAACUUGGAAAUACACGUGCAAACAGGGCAUGCGAAACCCGACGAAACUUUUGUGUGUCGGAAAUGCAAUAAAGAUUUCUACGAUCGCCGCAGUUUGGAGGAUCACAAACGGAUGAAGCACGACAAUGACGGAUUUGCUUGCUCGAUCUGCAACAAGGUCUUGGCGACACGAAGAAUUUGUGCGAUUCACGAAGUCACGGUGUGCAAUGUGUCACCGGAAAAUGAAAAGAUAACCAAACUUGGGCUGAAGUUUAAAUCGUGUGGGUUCUCUGGGUGCAAAAAGCUGUUUUAUCAGUGCAGCGAGACAGAGUUGGAAAGACACGAGGCCACGCAUAAGGUGAAACAGGGCCCGAUAAUUGGAUGGUCGUCGCUUGCUAAUCAAGAAUUUCCCUGUGCCAAAUGUGGAAAAAGAUUUGCACUCAAGUUCACACGUCAACGGCAUGAAAAGAGUUGCAACAAUAUAAUGGUGAUCGAUUAAUGGAACUGGAUUAUACAUUUACAUUUAUUUGAGGUUAUGACGAAAGAUUUACGGGAACGUUGCAAAAAUUAUUUUUAGGAUAAAAGUAGAAUUACUAGAAAUACAUAGCUAAGAUAUCUAGUUGAGUUUCUCAAAAUUUUUAGUUUUUAGAAAAAAAUGGUUGCGUCUACCUCAAUAAUUCUAUGAAUAAUUUCUUACUAAAUGGUAGCGCAUACAAAAAUGUGUUUACUUUUACUCGCAAAGAUCAUGUUAUUUUGCUUAAAAUUUGUGUAGUUUUAUAUUUUGUAUGAAAUGACAUACCACAUAUUUUGGAUCCACCAUAAAUCUAAUGUUUAGAAAAUUUGUGUAAAUAUUAGAAAACUUGGAAAAGUUGUAAAAUUGACAUGUUCAGAAGUUGAAAUGUAGAUAUUUAAUUUUAGGUAAUUGACAAUCAUAUCUAGUUAUACAAAGUUAAGUUAGUAUAUAUUUAUGACGUAUGCAUGCAAUGUACGCUUACGUUUUUAUGAAGAAGUGGGAUAAAUAUUUACCUAACUUUCAUCUUUCUAAGAGCUUACACAUUUAUUUACGUAUGACUUAGGAUUAGAAAUUAGACAAUAAAGCAAUGUUUAAGUAUGUAAUCUGUAUUGUGCAAAAAAUCCGGUUUGGACAAUAAAGAACUUUUUUUUAAAGAA